AUGCCCAAAGGCUAUGCAGUGCAACCCUCCUUUGACACGAAGCUGUCAUCCUGGAACAAGUUCGACUCUUCCUCUCUAGCCAAGCGGUGGGCUUUGAGGGGCCCGAGUUCACGGGCGUCGAGUGACAUAUACGUGCAAGGUGUUUCCGGCCACUAA